AUAUAAACAAAUUAAUUUUGUUGAUUGUUAAGUUAUUCUCGUGAAUCUGCAUCAAUCAACAUGAAAGUGGUACUUGCUCUUUUUGCUCUUGUAGCCGUAGCUGUAGCUGCCCCACCACAAGGGGGUCCUGAUAAAGAUGCCGUUGUUGUUAAAUACGACAAUGAUAAUAUUGGAGUUGAUGGAUACAAUUACGCUUAUGAGACUAGCAAUGGUAUUGCCGCUGAAGAAACUGCCGAAUUGAAAAACGCUGGCUCAGAAAACGAAUCAAUUUCUGUUCGUGGAUCCUACAGGUUCAUUGGUGCUGAUGGUGUCACUUACGAAGUCACUUACAUCGCUGACGAAAAUGGUUUCCAACCCACCGCCUUAUCAGCUCCUCAAGGUCAAGAUAAGGACGCUACAAUAGUAAAAAGUGAAAUGGAAAACAUCGGCAUAGAUGGAUUCAACUGGGCAUAUGAAACUUCCAACGGUAUUUCAGCGCAGGAGACUGGCGAGCUGAAGAAUGCCGGUACUGAAAACGAAUCGAUUUCAGUCAAAGGGUCCUACAAAUAUGUCGGGCCUGAUGGCCAGACUUACGAAGUCACUUACAUAGCUGACGAAAAUGGUUUCCAACCUCAAGGCGCCCAUUUACUUAAUAGUGCCUAAUACUUGUUUUAAGUAUUUUUUUCUAUAUGUGCCUUGUGAUUUUAUUGUAUUUUUUAUUGUACAAAAUUGUAAAAUAUAUUGUGAAAUAAAUAAAUUAUUUAUUAAUUAA